AUGUUGGCAGUUGUUGUAUCUGUUCUUUUAAUAAAAGGCAUUACGUCACAGUCGGUAUGUCAAGAUGGCUGUUGUGAGUCUGAUCCCAGAUGUACAAAUUUCGAUUUCAUUAUGACCGCCUGCCUCGAUUCAGAGCAAUCAAAAAUCUGCCCGGUGACCUGUAAAACCUGUUCCGUAUCCCAAACAACAACAUUACCUUCUACAUCACUUCCUCCGAUGACGUCAUCGUCUCCUUGCCACGAUACAGAUCCACGGUGUUUUGAAUUUGAUUUCAUAAUGUCAGUAUGUCGAGACCCAACUCAAGCGACACUUUGUCCACAGAUGUGUGGUUUAUGUUCUGUAGCAACAACUCCUUUGCCAACUGCUCCUUUUCCGACCACAACGACGACAGCAACAACAACAACCACAGGAAGAGUUUGUGAGGACACUGAUCCACGCUGUGUGGAAUUCGAAUUUCUUAUAACUGCCUGCCUUGAUAGUGAGGAGUCAAAAACUUGUCCAAAAAUGUGUGGCCUCUGUUCAGCGGAAGCAACAACACAAGCGCCUACGACAACAACAAUACUGACAACUACAGAGGCGACAACAACAACAUUGGCACCUACCACUACCCCGGCAUGUGUAGACACUGACCCCCGCUGUGUAGAAUUUAAUUUUAUUAUCACUGCUUGUGUUGAUCCGGUCCAGUCAAAACUAUGCCCUCGCAUGUGUCAGCUAUGUUGA